AAAGAGGUUUAUGUAUGUAGUAAUGCUUCUCCUUGCCCUCAUGUGAGGGAACAUGAGAAAGUUUACUAUUGAAGUUAAGGAUUAUAAAUAAGCUAUACGUAGUAUUAUCUAAUCUCACAAAAAACAACAACAAUCAACAACCUCUUCUAUUGACCUACGUUAACCAGAAUCAGAUUCCAAAAUGAAGGGGAACAAUUUCUCAAUUCUCACCUAACAAUCCAAAAAAGCAUAGAUGAAAAGAUUGUUGUCCACCAUAUUUUCAAAGACAAAUAUUCUCAUUAAGUUCAAUAAAUCCCUUUUUCUCCAUAGCUUUUCAGCACCCAUUUGUAUCAAAUCAAAACUAAUCAUUGAUCUAUAGAGCUCUCUUUCCAUUACAACUUCAUGACAAAGUAUUGUUGCAUGGUGAUGAGGUUGAAUAUUGACUGCAACGCAUGUUGCAGGAGAGCUAGAAGAGCCAUUCUAAACAUGAAAGAAGUAGAGUCACAUCUGAUUGAGAAGGAGCACUACAGAAUAAUUGUUUGUGGAAGAUUUCGACCAGCAGAUGUGGCUAUAAAGCUGAGAAAAAAGAUGAAUCGUAGGGUUGAAAUUCUUGAAAUCCAAGAGCUUGAACGCUCUAAUGAAGAAAUGGAGCAAAGGCCAAUGAUAGCAGCCUAAUUAUUGUGCAUGAAUCUUUAAGAUCAAUUCAAUGGUGGUGAUUGUGCAACUGUUCUUACAUUCAACUUCUCGUUUUUUUUUUUGGUUUUAGAUUUUAUAGAAGAUGUAGAGCAAACUCAUGUAUAGAUAGACCUUAUGUUAGCUGAUGUAUAUGUACUUUAUAAAAUGUUAAUAUUUGUGUAUCUUUAUGAAUAAUGUAUACACGUAUGUUU